GCUAUACGAUGGGUCCGAAGCUCAAGCUACUGCUCCAUUUCUUGCUGGCCCUACAACUGGUCAGUGGAGCGUCUUCUCUGGUCGAGUUCAAGAAUAUAAAGUGCGAGGCAGUGGAUAAGGAGUUUUGCACUUUCGAAUAUUGCCAUAUGAAAUCUGUCAACCGGACUUACAAAUACAUAUCGCUUAGAGCGAAAUUGUUUAAACUGCCCGUCACCAAUGCCAAGGUCAACGGCGCACUUUACCAACGACUCAAUGGAUACAAGCCCUUUCUCUACAAUAUAACCGUGGAUUGCUGUUUAUUUUUAAAGAAUCAGAAGUCCAAUCCUGUUGCUAGUUUCUUUUACGACUCAUUUAAAGGAUUUUCAAACCUAAAUCACUCAUGUCCCUACAACCAUGACAUUGUGCUGGAUAAACUAACUGCAGAGUCUGUGAAUCAUCGCGUGACCAAUAUUCUACCUUUCCCGGAGGGGGAAUACAUGUUAAAUUUCAACUGGAUGGUUUACGGCAGCAGCCGAGCAGUUUUUAAAAUAUAUUUUGCCCUAACUUGA